AUGAGCAGACAAACAUUCCACCCAUUUUCUCAGCUCCCUACCGAGCUCAGGCUCAAAAUCUGGCUCCUAGCUCAACCGGAUCGAGAAAUAAUUCAUGUUACCAACGCCAUAGAAACCUCACCUGGGGACAGACAUAAUCCCUUGCUUGUACCUCCAAGAACUGUACCCAGCAUCUUCCACGUAUGCGUAGAGAGUCGAGAAGCCUCCUUGGCAGUGUACAAACGCGGCUUUGAGCCUGAUGGAGGGAUUGACAUCGAGCGCGCUGAACUCGCCCGCUUUCUAAUGGGCGACCCAGUUUUACCGAUGCUGGACAUGUACUGGCGGCCAGGUAUUGAUGUCAUGCUGGUUAUUCAAUACAAUCGCUUUUGGAAGGCUUUCAGACCAGCUUGUCUGCUGUUUGCGUCAGAGGCUCCGUUUAGGGGGCUCCAGUCUCAUGGUGUGCAGCAUGUCAUUCUCCCGGUGUCAUUCUUCAAUCGGCGUGAUUGGGAUCCGAGAACCUGCGGAUACACAUGGGGAAUGGAAACUGUAUAUGUGAUCCUGGACCGGAAGAAGGAGGAUACGCCUGAGUUUUGGGAGGAGCAUCUCGCUUGGUUUGGUAGGUGGUGGUUGAAGGUGUGUAAGCCUUGGAGGGAGACUGUUGGGGCGGAUGCUCCGUUGGGCGAUCGAGUGCCGUUCUUACCUAUGGCGGUGGCGCGUUUGGAAGGCAAGGAGUUGACGAGCAAAGACUUAGAUGAGGCCAGAGAAUGUGUACUGGUGAAGGGAAAUGUCGCUGGUGGAGCAGUCGCGCCUAAGGAUAAUGAGAUUCAUACUAGCAGGUAUACCGAACUCUGGCAGUGA